UUGAGAGUAGAAGGAAACAAACACUCCCAUGGAAUGGCAUUGGCCUACUACUACUUAGACAUCUUGCUACACAAAUGCCGCUCCUUCUGCCAAAUAAAGCAGCUUCAUUCCCACCUCCUAACCUCCGGACAACUCCACUCCUCCCCCUCCGCCGCCGCCAAGCUCCUCGACCUCUGCUCCCAUUCCCCCUCCGCCGACCUCUCCUACGCCGCCCUUCUCUUCCGCCGCCUCCCCACCACUCCAUCCACCAACGCCUGGAACGCCCUCGUCCGUGGCCUCGCCCGCAGCCCCAACCCCACCCGCGCCAUCUCAUGGUUCAGGGACAUGUCCCGCGCGCCCCAGAAGGCCGACGCCCUCACCUGCUCCUUCGCCCUCCAGGCCUGCGCCCGCGCGCUCGCCGGCUUCGAGGCCCGGGAGAUCCAUUCGCGGGUUGUCCGACUUGGGGUCGGAGCGGACGUGUUGUUGAUGACGACUCUGCUUGAUGUGUAUGCGAAAGUCGGGGAUUUGGAGUGUGCACGCAAUGUGUUUGAUGAAAUGCCUAGGAGAGAUAUCGCCGCGUGGAACGCGUUGAUUGCGGGGUUGGCGCAGGGGAGUCGGCCCGGAGAGGCUUUGGAUUUGUUUAGGAGGCUGAGAGAGGAAGAGGGUCUGAGACCUAAUGAGGUCACAGUUCUUGGUGGGCUCUCGGCAUGCUCGCAGUUGGGAGCUUUCAGAGAAGGUGAGAAGAUUCAUGAUUACGUGAUGGAGGAGAGGCUGGACAUGAGUGUGAUAGUUUGCAAUGCUGUUAUUGAUAUGUACGCGAAAUGUGGCUUUGUGGAGAAAGCAUUUGGGGUGUUUCGGAGUAUGAGGUGCGGGAAGAGUCUUGUGACGUGGAAUACGAUGAUAAUGGCAUUUGCUUUGCACGGAGAAGCAAGUAAAGCACUUGAGAUAUUUGGACAAAUGAGGGAGGCGGGGCUGGAACCCGACGCCGUGUCCUAUCUUGGUGCGCUGUGUGCCUGCAAUCAUGCUGGGCUAGUGGAUGAAGGUGUUAGGCUGUUCGAUUCGAUGGUGGGGUCCUGUUUGGUGCCAAAUGUUAAGCAUUUCGGAAGUGUGGUUGAUUUGUUGGGUCGGGCAGGGAGGGUCGAAGAAGCUUAUAAGAUGAUAAGUUCUAUGCCUAUGGUUCCUGAUGUGGUGCUCUGGCAAAGUUUGCUUGGUGCUAGCAAGACUUAUGGGGAUGUGGAAAUGGCAGAAAUCGCAUCACGUAAGCUUAUGGAGAUGGGAUCUAACAGCUGUGGGGAUUUCGUUUUGUUAUCGAAUGUAUAUGCAGCUCAUGAGAGAUGGGAUGAUGUAAGGAGGGUUAGAGAGGCUAUGAAAAAAAGGGAUGUAAAGAAGAUACCGGGCUUUAGCUACAUGGAAGUGGAUGGUGUAAUUCACAAGUUUGUAAAUGGUGACCAAAGCCAUGCAAAAUGGCGUGAGAUUUAUGCUAAGCUUGAUGAGAUCAAGUCCAAAUUGAAAUCGUAUGGAUAUGAAGCCAAAACGAAGGUCGUGCUGCAUGAUAUAGGCGAGGAGGAUAAGGAGAAUGCUUUGUGUUAUCAUAGUGAGAAGUUGGCUGUAGCAUUUGGUUUGAUUAGCACAAGUGAGGGGGCUCCUAUUCAAGUGAUUAAGAACCUUAGGAUUUGUGAGGAUUGUCAUGUGGUGAUCAAACUCAUAUCAACGAUUUUUAGUCGGGAAAUUAUUGUGCGGGAUCGAGCACGAUUUCAUAGAUUCAAAGAAGGUUCAUGUUCUUGCAAAGAUUAUUGGUGAAGCGGUUAAAAUUCCUUCACAUGCUUACUGGCGCUGUUUGAGGAGCGACUUUUAGUUAAUCUAAUACAGCAUUCAGCAAUCUGCACAAAUGGCAUAUGGUGUAAAGUGAUGUUACAACAUAUAUCAAAACAUGCCUGCCGGCCUAAGCUUUAUCCCGGUAUCAUUCCAACUUUAUCGGAUAUCCUGGAAGAGACCUGACCUAAUGCUUUAUAGGAUCAUCGAACUGUAGCUCUGAAAUUUUACCCUUUUGAUUUUGGCCUAAGGCAAGCAUCUUUCUUACAUACACGGCAAUAAAGUGGGAGGGUUAGAAGCAUUACCCUAUUUCCAGAUUUUGCCACUUUUGGCAGUAAAAUUGACUUAUAAAUGAAUGCAAGAUGGAGAUUGGAGGCAACAAUGUCUAAGAACGCUUAAAAACAUUACUUUGGUGACUAGUAUUCUGUUGUUGAGAUGUAGAAAAUCUUAAUGAAAGUCUUAACAGGGGAUAAGAGACCGACAAUCUACAAAGGAGGAGAACCAAAGCAAAUCUUGCAGUAAAGACGUGUUUGGAAAAUCUUAUGUUGAGAUACAAUACACAU